ACAAAAGUGGUGGUGAACACAUUUCAUGGAAAAAUACGUGGACGAUAUCAGAAAUAUAGAUCAGGUGAACGUGGCGGUUAUUACAGCUUCAAAGGCAUACGUUACGGUCAAGCACCAGUAGGUACAAGAAGAUUUCGUGCUGCAGAACCUGAAAGACCUUGGCUUGGUAUACGUGAUGCGACACGUGAAGGACAUAGCUGUCCGCACAAAAAUAUGAUUUUGGAUACUUUUAAGGGUGACGAAGACUGCUUGUUUCUUAAUGUAUUUACAAAAAGAGUGCCUAAAGGUGGAGAUAAUCCACAAUUACCAGUAAUGGUUUGGUUGCAUGGCGGCGGUUAUUCUUUUGGUUCCGGAAAUACUUUUCUCUAUGGUCCAGAUUAUUUAGUCUCAGAAGAUAUAGUACUGGUAACACUUAAUUAUAGAUUAGGUCCAUUAGGAUUUUUAACUGCUGGUCCAGAUGCACCUGGGAAUCAAGGUUUAAAGGAUCAAGUACUUGCCUUAAAAUGGGUGCGUGAUAAUAUUGCAUCAUUUGGUGGUAACCCUAAUGAAGUGACUAUUUUCGGUGAAUCUGCUGGCGCUUCUUCCGUACAACUUUUGUUACUUUCACCACUAGGAAAAGGUUUAUUUCAUCGUGCUAUAUCACAAAGUGGUUCCGUACUUAAUCCCUGGUCACUCACAGAAAGCUCAACAGAGCGUGCUUUUCGUUUGGCGGCAAAUUUAGGUUAUGUCGGCGCUAAUGAUACAAUAGAGAUUUUAGAGUUUUUACGUCGCGUUCCAGCUAUGAAAUUAGUCGAGGCAGCGCCCACCACAUUGACGGAAGAGGAUUUUCGAAAUAAUGUUGGUUUACCAUUUGUGCCUAUAGUUGAAGGUUACUGGAACAAACCAGGUGAUAGGGGCAUUUAUUAUGAAGAUCCAUUUAUUACUGAACAUCCAUUGGAUAUGUAUAGGGAGCAAAAAUUCAAUACUGAAGUGCCAUAUAUAACCGGAUAUAAUACACAUGAAGCAAUGUUGUUUAUAAGACGUUUGCGUAAGAAUCCUCAAUUAUUACAAAUUAUUGAGAACGAUUUCGCGCGUAUGAUACCGCGUGACCUCAAUGUUACGGACGAUAUUGAUUAUGUAACCCGCGAAAUACGUCAAUUUUAUUUGGGUUCUAAAUCUGUUGGUAUUGAAUCAGUAGAAGAAUUGAUAGCGUUACUGACCGAUCUGAUGUUCUUGCAAGGUAUUCGGAAAACUGCACGGUUUCAUGCCCGAUAUAGCAAUGCACCGGUUUAUAUGUACCGUUUCUCAUUCGAUGGUGCAUUAGGUUUAUACAAGCGUAUGUUAGGCAUUUCAAGACCUGGAGUGUGUCAUGGUGAUGAAAUGGGAUAUCUCUUCAAAUUUGGUUUCUUCAACUUAAGUUUAGAUCCCAGGUCAAAAGAAGUGUUAGUUAAAAAUCGUAUGGUGCGCAUGUGGACAAAUUUUGCGAAAUUUGGUACGCCAACAUUGGAUGAUAAUGCGGAUACCAUGAUUACAACAGCUUGGUCGCCAAUUGACACAAAAGAUAUGAUUGACAAUCUUAACUAUCUCGACAUAUCAACGGGAAUGGAUAUGAAAAAAAAUCCAGAAACAGAAAGACAGCUAUUCUGGGAUCAAAUGUAUCAACAUUACAAUGGUCUUAUUAUGUAAUUUAAAUAGUAUAAAAACGGCUGAAA